AUGACGCUUCCUACGGCUUUUGCAGAGACCACGCGGUUUUCCACGUCCAGCGCAGAGAUGCGGAUCCGCGUGCUCAACCUGUAUAGACGGUAUUUGAGACAUUCGCGCAACUUUGUCAACAACUACGACCUGGACGUGCCUGCUUCCCAGGUCAAGACGAAGAUCCGUCAGGAGUUCGAAAGACAGCGGUUUGUGAACGACCUGGCCGUGCAGAACGUGCUAUACAUGAAAGCGCAAAUGGAGUUCCAAGAGCUGGUGAACUUCUGGAAACAGCAAUGCCACGUGAUGAUGUACUUUGAGCCGUUCAGCUCGUACGACAACACUGCCAACGACUCCUUCAUCGACAAGUUCCUCAAGGGAGCCAGCUAG